CCCCUUCCCCUCCCUCCUCUCUCUCCCCGGCAGCCCUCUGCGAGAAGCUCCGCUCCCCCAGCACUUUCUGGGCCCUGAGAUAUGGCAAUGGUAGUUAGCAGCUGGCGAGAUCCGCAGGAAGACGUGGCCGGGGGGAACCCAGGCGGCCCCAACCCCGCAGCCCAGCCCGCCCGGGAACAGCAGCAGCAGGCGGGUUCGGCGGCCCCGCACACCCCCCAGACCCCGAGCCAGCCGGGACCUCCGUCCACCCCAGGCACGGCGGGUGACAAGGGGCAAGGCCAGCCCGGCUCGGGCCAAAGCCAGCAACACAUUGAGUGUGUGGUGUGCGGGGACAAAUCGAGCGGGAAACACUACGGCCAAUUCACCUGCGAGGGCUGCAAAAGUUUCUUCAAGAGAAGCGUCCGCAGGAACUUAACUUACACAUGCCGUGCCAACAGGAACUGUCCCAUAGACCAGCAUCACCGCAAUCAGUGCCAAUAUUGCCGCCUCAAGAAGUGUCUCAAAGUGGGCAUGAGGCGGGAAGGUGAAUAUUUCUUCUCUUUUACUUCUAGCUUUGCUGUGUUUUUCUUUUUCUUUUCGUUGUUGUUUUUGCCUCUCCUUCAUUCGAAAAUACUAUCAUCUUCCCACUCUAAUCCUCCUCCCCCUCCCUCCCCUAGCCAUCUCCCCCAGCUUUGCAACCCAGGCUUCGCUUUUGCUAACACCUCCUCUCUUUAACGACCCCGUUCUCCACCACCACCCCCAUCCGCCUCGCAAUCCCCCUCCUGUACACCCCUCCUUCCUACUUAUCGUGAUGAGGAUUUUUUUUUAAUGAUGAGGAUUGGAAGGGAAAAAAAAAAAAAAAAAACCCUCACUCUUUCCUUAGUUCUGCUGUGUCUCUUCCCCCAAGCGUGUGUGUGUGGCUGCUUUAAUAUCUGUUGGCAUGAUGUUUUGGGGGGAUAAUUUUUUUUGCAAAGCUAUGUUUUGUCCAUUUACCCCUUUAAAAUCUUUAUUAAAUAGGAGGGUAGGAAGGUGGG